AUGGCGUCGUCUUCCUCAGCUUCUGCUUCAACCGCGCCAGAGAGUGUGAGCAGCACACCAGAAAAGCUAACUCCGAGGACAUAUCCGUCAGGAUUCCGCUUUUCUUCUGCAGUCGGGACCAAGCAUAUGACUCACGAUGACAAAAAAGGAAAGUCUGGGAAGCUGCAUAGUUCCGCAGCGUCUACACCAGGACUUGGGUACUACGGAAACUCGGCAAAACAAGGCGUUGCAAACCAGCCUGGAUCUGCCAUUGUGGCGAGCCAAAUGUUCAAAACAAAAUUGUGUAUUGACAAUCAGACGAAAGGGUGCAGUAGAGGAAGCGAGUGUCCGUAUGCCCAUUCCGUCGAUGAAAUGAGAAGUCUUCCUGACUUGCGCAAAACCAAAAUGUGCUCUCUUGUUCUUUCAGGCAAAGGAUGCAAGAAUAAAGCAUGUAGAUUUGCACAUUCCGAGAGCGAGCUUCGAUACACCUGCAACUUUUCCGAAUUCAAAACUCGUAUUUGCCGUUUUGCGCAAGAGCAAGGAGGCCGUGGAUGUCUCUACGGCGUUAGGUGUCCGUAUGCACAUUCCCCAUCUGAGCUUCGUCAUCUAGAGUCCCCUACAAUUUCCCCGACUGAGAUUUUGGUACAAGAUAGGAGAAAUCGUGUGGCGUUCGUUGCCAAGUCGCCUCACACUAGAGUUGUUUCUUCUUCCAGACCUGCAUCUGCACUGAAGACACGACCAGAAGUGGCUAAAGAAAACCAGACGGUGACACCGGACUCUCUCGAGCAUCAGCUACAGGGAAGGCACGGUUGCAGACCUUCUUUUCUCGACGAGGAACUGAAAAAAGGUGGUGCGUCGAGGAAAACUUUGGGAGAGUCCUUCUCUUUCUCAGUCGUGAAGAAACUGAAUGCCCCGCCAGAGACGGCAACUGGCAGUGAAUCGAACCAAGCGUCCACCAAUGCGCAGCUUCACCAGACGGAAAACCACCCUUCACAAUGUAAAAGUGGUUCCUACAGUCACACAGAAACAGACGGAGAACAGGGUAGCUCCUCUCAAGGGAAGAAAGACCGAGAGGCUUCCUGUUUGGCACGCGGUGUCCAAGCGAACAGCACAAUUCCACGGUCACUUGCCGGUCGACGCCGAGCGGCGACUGAGAACGCUGGGAAAGCUGCCAGCAAACCCAUCGGCUCAAUAGAACCAAGGCAUGAUAACUUGGAAGGUCAGGCCUUUUUGAUUAGAGACCGUGUUUCCGGUGAUAAACCGGUGGCUGAAGGCGAGGCCGUAUCCGGUGGCACAAAUAAGGAAUCUACGUCGCCUCUUUUGCAAACCCGCAAGCCUCCGUCUUUUCUUGUCUCCCCCGCAAACUCUGGUGUUCCACCAGCAUCCACCCAAGAGCGAGAACAGGUUUCCUCCCCGUGUAAGCUGAUCGAGAAUGCGGGUCUAGAUGCUCACAGGAUGGCUCGCGUGCUUUCCGUUGAUGGCCUGCGAGGCAUGGAAGUAAGGACAUCCGGGACUCCAUCUGCCCAGACCUCUCUAAUUGAAAAAAGUCGCAUCUUCAAGCAACUGGGUGCAACACCGAAUACAGUGCCUGCUACAUCUACAUACUGGGCGCCGACACAACAACUGCCCUCUCUGAAUACUGGCUUUUCUACCGAGGAGAUUUUUUUCCCUGCGGCUCCUCGCUCGAACAAAAUGGACGGAGAUGUGUUUGACUCUGUGUUACCUACAUCCCUUCCACACGUUCCCUCUUCGUCGCUCCUAGACAAGCGAAACGCGACUCUCCCGUCGUCGGAAACAAAUCCGCUUCCUCCUCCACCUGGAUUCGAGCAUAUCCGUCCGGAGAAGACAGGCGUACCGUACGGAAGGAAUAUGCCGGAUUCCGUGUCGGAAACCUUCAGGGAAGGUCCACUUGCUUCUUCGUUCUCCGAAAACAGCGAAGUGGAUCAGCACGAGCAACUCUUCUUGCAACUCCAGAGACAACUCUUGCUACAGUGCUGGGGCAAGAUGGAUGAAGACUCGCUUUUGCUCUCAAAAAACCUGACUAUUGCUCCCACCGGAAACUCAGGAGGACGAACCAAGCCAGAAAACAAGGCACGCAUGCCUGUUCCCUCGGACCUUUCUAAUGAAAUCUUCUCGCGACAGAGUCACACGUCGCGCCUCCCCGUUGACUGGGACAUGUGGGAACGUGAACUGCAGGGAGAGGACGCUCAACCCUCUCUCGGAGAUGAGAGAGGGUUCCUCUCUUCAUCGGCAACUAACAACACGCAGUUUCUUGACGUCCACAUCCCACAAGCCCUCUUCAUCGGGAAGGUGCCAACACCCGGGGAGAAAUCGAGCCGCAACAAUGGCCUCGGGACCCUGUCUGUGAGAGAAAAAGGCGGUCAAACGGGACUUGAUAUGCGAACGGGAAGAAAACGGAAAGAAAUUCAGGAAGAACUUGGGGAACUCAUGGUUGCAGCAGGGGCCUGGGAGUCAGGCAUGGCGCCGUGAGACAAAGCAAUGAAGUGUCCGUUGAACGCGCCGCUCCCUACAGUGUGAAAAGCGACAAUCGAAAACAGUGGAAUUACGCUCACAUAAUGUUCACGGAGACAGUCUUUACCGUCGCGUGGAUCGCUGAAACACGACCAAACAAGUUCCGCGCUCCUCACUCCAGAUCGUGUAUCUCGAGUCCUCAAACACUGCUGUCCAUAACUUCUGAAAAUGCAUGUAUUUUGCUCUUUAUAGAAGAUUCGUAGAUGGAUAAACAUGUGGAUAAGUAGAAAUCCAUAUUAUUAUUGAUAAAUAAUGCAAAGGAGUAUGAGUGGGCGUGACGAGUUCCUUCGUGGAUGAGAUGCAGUUGUGUCCCAGUCUUUGUGCUCGCUGCUUUGAUUUCCACGCACCCUUUGUGUGUGUUGUAUUGCUUUGGAAAUUGACUAGUUCCAAUGGGACAAAGCCGCGGACGAAACGGUCGUAAGUGCAGCUCCCUUAUUAAUUUUUUUCGUAGCAUGAAACUUUGAAAAGGAUGACUGAGAAGAGGAAGAAACUUG